AUGGAAGCCGCGUGCAAGUGGCGGGAUUUGCCCGGUUCCCCCAGCCUUAAACGCUUGACGGAGCCGGGCUACGGGCUGGUCAAGAAGCAGCAGCUCUCGGCCUUGCAGGAACUGACGCGGGCCCACAUCGAGUCAUUUAACCAUGCCGUGGGCGAAGGGCUGCACCGGGCAAUAGAGGCCAUUCCACCUUUAGAGUUUGCAUUUAAGAAUGAUCGGAUCACUUUGGCAAUUGUUGGUGCCGUGAUCAGUCCACCUAUGGUACCAAAGGGCAGUAUAUGUAAAGAACUGAAAGUUUACCCAGCGGAAUGCAGGGGGCGCAGAAGCACCUACCGUGGGAAACUGACGGCUGAUAUUAGCUGGUCAUUGAAUGGCACCCCUAAAGGCAUUAUUAAGCAGUCCCUCGGAAAUAUUCCAAUUAUGGUGAAGUCCAAGCUAUGCAAUCUCUAUGGCCUUUCUCCCAAAGAAUUAAUCAAACACCAUGAGGAGGAAGAGGAAAUGGGAGGCUAUUUCAUAAUUAAUGGAAUAGAAAAGAUAAUCCGAAUGGUAAUCAUGCCAAGGCGCAACUUCCCCCUUGCAAUGAUAAAACCGAAGUGGAAAUCCAGAGGCCCUGGCUACACACAUUAUGGCGUCUCAAUGCACUGCGUUAGAGAUGAGCACACCGCUGUUAACAUGACCCUUCAUUAUCUUGAAAGCGGCACAGUGAUGGUGAACUUCAUUCAUCAGAAACAGUUGUUCUUUAUCCCACUGGGAUUUGCGCUGAAGGCAUUAGUUAGUUUCUCAGAUUUCCAGAUUUUUCAAGAGUUGAUGAAAGGAAAAGAAGAUGAUACUUUCUACAAGAAUUGUGUGUGUCAGAUGCUGAGGCUGGUGGUAGAAGAAGGCUGCAUCACACAGAGACAGGUUCUCAACUUCCUGGGUCAGCGCUUCAGAGUGAAACUGGAGCUUCCCGAGUGGUACACCAGUGAACAAGUUGGAGAGUUCCUAUUUAACCAGUGCAUCUGCAUACACCUGAAAACCAACGCUGAAAAAUUCUACUUGCUUUGUCUCAUGACCCGGAAACUGUUUACUUUAGCUAAAGAAGGCUGCAUGGAGGAAAAUCCUGACAGUUUAAUGAAUCAAGAAGUGCUCACUGCAGGAGAACUUUACCUCAUGUUUUUAAAGGAGAAGAUGGAAGCUUGGUUACAGUCUGUUAAAAUAGCCUUAGAAAGAAAGGCCCAGAAGACACAUUUAACAAUUAAUCCAGAAAGCAUGAUGAAGAUUGUUGGCAUGGGGACAGAUCUUACAAGGCUGUUCGAAUACCUCCUAGCCACUGGUAACCUGCGAUCUAAAACCGGUCUGGGGAUGUUGCAGAGCUCUGGUCUGUGUGUGAUUGCAGACAAGCUGAACUUCGUUCGCUACCUCUCUCAUUUCCGCUGUGUGCACAGAGGUUCCGAUUUUCUCAAGAUGAGGACCACCACAGUGCGCAAGUUGCUGCCAGAGUCCUGGGGUUUUCUUUGUCCUGUGCACACCCCAGAUGGGGAGCCCUGUGGCUUGAUGAAUCACAUGACAGCUACGUGUGAAAUAGUAACACAGCCUUCCUACACAAUAUCCCUGCCGCCUUUGCUUUGCUCCCUUGGUGUCUCUCCAGUUGAUGGCAUGCCAAGCCAGUCCUAUGCAGACUGUUACCCGGUUAUGGUAGAUGGCUCUUUGGUGGGCUGGGUAGAGAAGGAUCUAGCUCCUGAUCUUGUACAGACACUCAGAUAUUUUAAGACAAUGCAAGAAAAGAGAAUUCCAGUUUGGACAGAGGUGGUCCUCAUUCCAAUAACAGGGAAACCCAGCCUGUACCCAGGGCUUUUCAUUUUUACUACCCCGUGUAGGAUGAUGCGUCCUGUACAAAACUUGGCUUUGGGGAAAGAAGAAUUGAUUGGCUCUCUGGAACAGGUCUUCUUGAACAUUGCUGUGUCUGAGGAUGAAAUUGUAUCUGGAGUGUUCACGCACCAGGAGCUCUUUCCCCAUAGCAUGUUAGGUGUCGUAGCAAAUUUCAUUCCUUUCUCAGACCAUAACCAGAGUCCCAGAAACAUGUACCAGUGUCAGAUGAGCAAGCAAACUAUGGGGUUUCCACUUCUGACCUUUCCAUACCGGUCAGAUGACAAACUCUACCGGCUUCAGACCCCUCAGAGUCCCUUGGUGCGGCCAUCCAUGUAUGAUUAUUACAACAUGGACUCUUACCCAAUUGGUACAAAUGCAAUUGUUGCUGUUAUCUCCUAUAGCGGCUAUGACAUGGAAGAUGCAAUGGUUAUAAACAAAGCUUCAUGGGAGAGAGGGUUUGCUCAUGGAAGUAUCUACAAGACAGAGUGUAUUGAUCUUGCUGAAAAAGUUAAGCAAGGAUCCGAAUAUCUGGUGUUCGGGAUCGGUCGUGAUAGCCCAAAUCCUUUGAAGAAUUUGGAUGCUGAUGGUCUGCCCUACGUUGGGGCCAAGCUUGAAUAUGGGGACCCUUAUUACAGCUAUCUGAACCUGAGCACAGGGGAAAGCUUUGUGAUCUACCAUAAGAACAGAGAAACCUGUUUUGUGGAUAACAUCAAAAUAUGUAGCAAUGACACAGGAACGGGAAGAUUCAAAAGUGUUUGCAUCACCCUGAGAAUCCCGCGGAAUCCAACUAUUGGGGACAAAUUUGCCAGCCGGCACGGGCAGAAAGGCAUCUUGAGCCGACUGUGGCCAGCUGAGGAUAUGCCAUUUACAGAAAGUGGAAUGGUGCCGGACAUUCUCUUCAACCCUCAUGGCUUUCCAUCCCGAAUGACCAUUGGCAUGCUAAUUGAGAGCAUGGCAGGAAAAUCGGCAGCGCUGCAUGGACUCUGCCACGAUGCCACCCCCUUCACAUUUUCUGAAGAGAACUCCGCCCUGGGGCACUUUGGUGAACUGCUGAAGGCUGCUGGCUACAAUUACUACGGGACUGAGAAGAUGUACAGUGGCGUCAGUGGAUCAGAGCUGGAAGCAGACAUUUUCAUUGGAGUGGUGUACUACCAGCGCUUGAGACACAUGGUCUCUGACAAGUUUCAGGUGAGGACUACAGGAGCCAGAGAUAAAGUCACCAACCAGCCCAUUGGUGGAAGGAAUGUUCAAGGAGGCAUCCGCUUUGGAGAGAUGGAGCGGGACGCUUUGUUGGCUCACGGAACAUCCUUCUUGCUGCAUGACCGCCUCUUCCACUGCUCCGAUCGCUCGGUGGCCCACGUGUGUGUUGAAUGUGGCAGUUUGCUUUCUCCUCUGUUGAAGCCCCCACCCGCUUGGUCCACCACCCGCAUUAGGCAGCACGUUUGUACCGUUUGCGAGCGGAGCGAUACCAUUGAGACAAUUGCUGUGCCUUAUGUCUUCCGAUGUUUUGUGGCAGAACUGGCAUCCAUUAACGUAAAAGUGAAACUUCAUGUGAAUUAAUUGUGGCAACAUGAACAGUCACUUUUUAAC